UCUGUGCUUCCCGAGGAGGAGGAUGAGAAGUCCUGCAGUGAAUCGGAGGCCUGUCGCCACAAACUGGCUGUGAACCAGCAGGAGUGUGGAGUGACUCCAGACAGUGAGAACCUGACUCUCUCCUCGUCUGGAGCCAUCGACCAGUCGUCCUGCACUGGAACUCCGCUCUCAUCCACCAUCACCUCACCUGAAGACCCAGUGAGCAGCAGCCUGGCCCAGUCAGUGAUGUCCAUGGCCUCGUCGCACUCGCAGCACUCCCACAUCAGCACUGACACCAUGUCCUCAAUGUCAGGGUCCUACCUGGCCGGGGCCGAAGGCGAGCCCGGGGGGGAGGAGGGGGGAGGCGACGCGGAGGGCGAGGAGAACCAGGACACGCCCGUGGAGAGGCGAGGGCCGUCGCAGCAGGACGGGGAGUUUUCCAAACAGCCAAAGGAACAGAACUACUCAGUGGCUGUAGAGGAGCAGGACUCAGAGGGAAAUGAUGUGACAGAAGAGGACUGCUCCUCCCCGUCUAAUGGGAAAGGUGGGCGGAGCAGGUGUCCAGAGUUGGCCAAUAACAAUCAGGGCGUCGCCCUCUGUGACACGCCCUCUUUGGGGUUGGAUAAUGAGCAGGCUCCCGACAGCCGAUUCGCCGGUGAGUGGCAACCUCUCGAACAUGGACAGAUGAGAACGUAGGAAGGAGGGGGAGUGCAUGAGUCAGAAGAA